UCUUGAUGACACUGGUUCAAUAUGUCCGACGUCCGUCAUUCAUUCAUUCAUUUGCCUUGCUAAAAAAGGUAUAGAAACGAGAAAUGUUGGCAAAUUAGUGACGAUAAUACGUGUUAUCUUUCUUGUUCAAGUUAUUAUUGCUUUUGUUUUACUCAAAUUCUAGUGUUUCGGGACGCGUUUCGUUGAUUAUGACCCGCUUUGGUCCCAAAGUUAAACAGUGAAGUGGAACAAUGGAUGUUAAUUUUUAAUCAAUAAGAUAUAUUAUGGCAUCUGGGACGUCAUCUCUAGAGAGUAAUGGCAGUAAUGAAUCCAUAUCCCACAAUUACGUGAGCACAGAGCGGCACAACACAGCACAAUUGCCGACGAUCCCGAUCCCCAUCGAGUAUGAAGUCCUGAGCUCGAACCAGUGCUAUGAGAAGCAGAACUACACGGUGAAGUCGCACGGCGCGCACGUGAUGAGCGGGCCGUACGAGCCGCUGCAGUAUGACGUCAUCACCAAGCAGACCAAUGAGAGCUUGAAGCAGCAAUGCGAGAAGGCGUUACACGAUCUCAACCAGUUGCGGCGGCAGCACACUGAGACAUCGCGGAGGUGCGAACAUGUUAUGAAGGAGUUGGAAUACUUCCGCGGACAACACAGAGCAGCUAUGAACCAGCUGGAGGUGUCGGCGCAGGAGGCGAGCAGCCUCCGUGGCAAGUACAGCGACCUACUCAACGAUAACCAGCGCUUGGAGCGCGAGGUACAACAUCUUCAACAGACCAGUAACCCCGAGGGCAGUUCCGACGCCCUCGUCCACACACUCAGAAAAUACGAAGCACUUAAAGAAGAACUCGACUGUUUUCAAAAAAGGUAUGAUGACCUAAUAGAAAACCACAACACAACUCUAGAGAAGCUACGAAUCGUUCAAGAAGAGAACAGCAGACUGAAAACACAAUGCCACGACUUGACGCAAGAGAGAAAUGCUGUUAUCCGCGAGCGCAACGCCCUGAAGCAGCAAGUGGCGCACGUGGUGCGGCAGUGGGAGGGCGGCGCGCGCGAGCGGGCCGACAUCAAGCGCCUCACCGACGAGAGGAACGCCGCCAUGGCCGAGUACACGCUCAUCAUGAGCGAGAGGGACACUGUCCAUAAAGAGAUGGAGAAGUUGUCGGACGACCUGCAAGCCGCGCUGAAGCGUGUCGCCGCGCUGGAGUCCGCUCUGCAGGCCUCGCGUGAGGAACAGAGGGCCACUGCCUUACAGGCGGAGAGCUUACGUCGCGAGAUCGAGUCGGCGCUCGUCGACAGAGACCGAGCGAUCAAAGAGUGCACCGAUCUCAAGACGCCGCAGAACACAUCCACACUAGGAAAAUCCAGACAAGACAACUCGGCGUACCAUCACUUGGGAUUAGCAAGUGGUGUUGGCAAUGACGGAUUUCUGAACGGACAACACGCCAAUGACCCGUCAUUGGAUAAGUUGCAAGGUCUAGUGGGCAUGGUUGUGGACGCGGUGGACAAGGAGCGCGUGGACAACCUGGAGCAAGCCAACCAGGAGCUGGAGCGACUGCGCAAGCAGAUCGACCGCCAGCAGGCAGAGCUUAAUGACGCGCAGCGGGAGGCUGAGGUAUCGAAGCGUCGAAGAGACUGGGCUUUCUCAGAAAGAGAUAAAUUGUUGCAAGAGCGAGAGAGUGUUAAGGCACUCUGCAAUCGACUGAGAAAGGAACGAGAUCAAAUGGUCGGCGAGCUGGCGGACGUCCGUCGCCAUGGCAACAAGAAGUCUGAGAAUAAAGAGAAACGCUCCACCAUGGUGGAGGACGACGACAGGAAGGACUGCCGCCGACACGCGCACUCGCGGGACUCCGCUGUCGACGCCGAUGUGCAGGACUUUGAAUGGGAGAUCAUCGAUGUGGAGCUCUCUGGUCUAGACAAGGACGGUGAGCUGGGCUUCGAGCUGGCCGGCGGCCGGGAGGAGCCCUACUACCCUAACGACUGCAGCAUAUACGUCACGGCCGUUAAGAAGGGGUCCAUCGCUGAUGGGAAGAUUAAGGUGUGCGACCGCGUGACGGAGGCGUGCGGCGUGUGCGUGUGGGGCAGCGCGGGAGCGGCCGCGGCGGCGCUGCGGGGCGCGCUGGCGAGGGCGCCGGCCGCGCUGCGCCUGCAGAGGGCGCGCGCGCGCCGCCUGCGCCUGCGCCUGCCCGGCGCGCGCGGCCUCGCGCUGCAGCACGGUAUUUUCAUAAGCAAAAUAGCGAACGGCAGUGCUGCCGCUAAAGAAGGCAACUUGUACGUCGGCGACCGAGUUGUUAGCAUCAACAAUGUAUCGCUAGAGGGCGUGAAGAGCGUGUCGGACGCGAUGGCGUUACUCAACGAGUGCCAGUACGAGGCCGUCACACUCACUUUGCUGAGGCCACUCUACAACUGCUGUAAUAAUAUCCUGGACAGGAUGUCGAUGUCCAUGUACGACCAGUCGUUCUCCGACAACAAGAUGGUGAACAUAUGCUCGCAGACCGACGAGACCUGGUGCCAGUUCGUGCAGCCCCCGUCUGAUAAUAAGGUGCACAUAGACCAUGGUAUUCCCGACUUCGACAGAAGGUACGUCUAUCACGUUGCGGCGGGGAGUCAGGGGAAGAUACCGCAGGAAAGAGGGGCUUGGGACGUGAUCAGGGGGACGUUCGACGCCGUCACCGGACGCAGCAAGUCGAAGGAUAAACAAAAUAAAGUGCCGGAAUCUGAUGCAAUCGCGGAGCUGGACUCUGUCAUCGAUAGUUAUCAUGGUAAAACAAUCAAAGAAACCAGUAGUGUACUAAAGCGUUCAAGAAGAAAGAAUAAAGAGUCCCAUAGUGACGCCAAAAACGGUGGAACGUGGCCCAAAGCGAGAGCUAACUUUAUUCUAGAAGAGAACUCAACUGGAACUAUCGUCCAGCCGCGCUCCAGGAAGGAGCGGCCGCCGCUGUCCAUCCUGCUCAGUCCGCCUACUAAACUACCGCCAGAGCCGCAGAGGUCCAACACCAAUCGAAACUCGAACCCCAUCCCCCUCGGCCACGCGCCACUCACGCAGGUCACCACCCCGGCGAGGCACUCAGUCUACAAAUCCAUAGAAUCAUCGCCAGCUAUCGAGCACUUUCCGAAGCCGGCCCCUUUAGCCAUACACAACCCUUUCGCCUCCCCAAAUAGUAUGAACUUCGAAAAGAUUCGGACACUCGAGAAGGAUAAAAUGUCCAUCAGUGACUACUCCGAGCAUGACGUCACACCGAAUAGACUGAGUUUAGUACUGAACCCUUCUGAUGACUCGCUGGACUACCAGCCGGUCACUCGCAACAGAACUAAAAGCCCUCACUCCUUAGACUUUAUGGUGAACAAGGGCCCCAGCUCUCUCGAUUUUGUAACUAGAAAGUCCCCUAGUUCUCUUGAUCAUUCAAUAAAAAAUCACCCAGGAAAAGACUUAUUAGAUCAAUAUUAUUCGAAUAAAAAAUCUUCAUCGCCAAAAACCGUGAACAAGUAUCUCUCGGACAGUGAUAGUUUCGGGCCUGACAGUUUGAACAGCAACGCAAAUUUUCCCAUGACAGGGACGUUGCCGUCACAGUCGCGGCUUCAAGCGUCUCAAUAUUACAGAGGCCCUUUCGUGAACUCGAAUCCGCACACGUCAAGCAGGUACCCGCAUUUGGCGAGUCCAACAAAUAUCCCGCAAAGUCAGUCGGGGGAAAGUAUCGGUACAAGCUAUGACAUGCAUUCGUUCACCUCCCACACACACAAUAUGUCAGACUUACAACCAGUACCACGAACGAAUCGAGCCGGAGACUACCACCAUACAUACGAAGGUGGAACGUUUCCUCGUAAGAAAGAAAACCAGAGGUUUCGGAUCCCCUCUAACCCGAGCGUCACGUCAAAAAACUCAGCAGGAAAACUUAGUACAGGAUCUAUAGAGAGAAGCUCCGAGAGGAAUUCUCCAAUGCCGACAUUUCAUGUCGAAGUAUUAUCACCUGGACGAGGGGCGAAGCAACUGACGCACAAAACUAGGAAUUCUAUGCCUGAAUACUGUGGUUUGGGGUGGAACAAACCGUUACCGGGGGAGUUAAGAAGGGUACACAUAGAUAAGAGCCAGCAGCCGCUUGGGAUUCAGAUAUACUGUCCACCAAGCAGCGGGGGUGUGUUCGUUUCGACGGUGAACGACAAUUCUCUUGCCAGUCAAGUCGGUCUACAAGUAGGAGACCAACUUUUAGAAGUGUGCGGGAUUAAUAUGCGCUCUGCAACCUACACGCUUGCUGCUCGAGUUCUGCGACAGAUCGGGAACUCGAUAACUAUGCUCGUGCAAUACAGCCCUGAGAAAUAUAAGGAUGAAGUGGAGGUGCCGGGGAGCUCCUCCUCCGGGGAGAGUUCUCACGACGAAGAAGUUUCUCUGUCAGGUUCACCGACACCUAGAAAUUCUCCAGGGCCUCAGCAAUCAAUAAGAUUAGAGGCACCAUCUACGGAGGUAGCUACUCUACGCCAAUCUCAAAACAGCAAAGACCUGCCGAGGUUUCUUCUCAUAGAGAUGAGGAAUUGUUCCGAUCUUGGCAUAAGCUUGGUCGGUGGGAACGCUGUCGGGAUAUUCGUGCACAGUGUCCAGAUCGAGUCCCCUGCAUAUAACGCUGGUUUGAGGACUGGAGACCAGAUACUGGAAUAUAACAAUGUAGACUUAAGGAGGGCAACCGCUGAGCAGGCCGCGCUGGAGUUAGCCAAGCCGGCAGAUAAGGUGAGUGUCCUCGUCCGUCACGACCUACAACAGUAUCACGAGAUAAAGGACAAGCCUGGCGACGCGUUCUACAUCCGCGCCGGGUUCGACCGCUGCGCCAAGAUCACGUCCAUCGGCAUGGACACCAUCGACGAGUACUCGCUGUGGUUCCGCAAGGACGAAGUGUUGUUCGUCGAUAAUACACUGUUCAACGGCUCGCCCGGACUGUGGAGGGCCUGGCAGCUAGACUGUAAAGGCGCGAAACGGCAUUGGGGAACGAUUCCUAGUAAAUUCAAGGUAGAAGAAAUCCUCCGACGCUCAAUGGGCACAUUAGAAGGCGACGCUCAAAGGCGAGCGUCAACCACUGCUCGGCGUUCGUUCUUCAGACGCAAGAAGCACCGCGACAGUAAAGAACUAGCUUCCUUCUCUAACACAGAGCUGGGAUGCUGGAGCGAUAGCGGUACUCUGGCGGAUGAUGUGCCUGUGUUGUCUUAUCAGAGGGUCGAGAGACUGCAUCACGGCACGCAGCGGCCGGUGGUGGUGCUGGGCCCGCUGGCGGGCGCGGUGGGCGCGCGGCUGGCGGCGGACUGGCCGCACGUGUUCGGGCUGGCGCGCGGCGCCGCGCUGCCGCUGGCGGGCGCCGCGCCCGCGCUGCGCCGCGGCACGCACCUGGAGCCGCGCCGCGGGCCCGACCCCGACACGCUGCACUGCAUCCCGCUGCACGCCGUGCAGCAGCUCGCCGGGAAGGGCAUCCACUGCAUCCUAGACAUAAGCGUAGCCACGAUAGAGAAGUUGCACAAACAACAGAUCUACCCGAUAGUCUUAUUUAUUAAGUUCAAGUCUUUUAAACAAAUCAAAGAAGUUAAAGACACGAGGCAUGCGGAAAAGGUUUCCGCUAAAGCCGCCAAGGAGAUGUAUGAGCACGGACUGAAGGUCGAGAAUGAAUAUAGAAAUUAUAUAUCAGCUGAGAUCCCGGCGGGCGUGAACAUCGCGUACACGUGCACGCAGAUCAAGGCGGCCGUAGAGGACGAGCAGAACAAGACGCUGUGGGUGCCGUCCGUGCAGGCCUGACCCCUGCCGCCCGCGCCGCGCCCGCGCGCCCGCCGCAAGGCCGUGACCUUCUGCGCGCA